AUGACCCUACUAAUAAAUUCAACUUUCUUACUAGCCUUAAUCACCCUAACACUCCCACUAACAAUAACAGCUUACCCCAACAAAACAUGAACACCCAUAAAAACAAAAACAGCCGUAAAAAUAGCAUUUCUCAUCACCCUAAUUCCACUAUCUAUUUUCACUUACACAGAUAUUGAAUCUAUCAUCACCAACUUACACUGAUCAACUACAUCCACAUUCACCAUAAAUAUAAGCUUUAAACUUGACCAAUACUCCAUCAUAUUUGUCCCAAUUGCCCUAUACGUCACAUGAUCCAUCUUAGAAUUCACACACUGAUAUAUAGCCACUGAUCCACAUAUCACAAAAUUCUUUAAAUAUCUACUAACUUUCCUAGUAGCCAUAAUAAUUCUAGUAACAGCCAACAACAUAUUCCAAUUUUUCAUUGGCUGAGAGGGAGUAGGAAUCAUAUCCUUCCUCCUAAUCGGAUGAUGACAUGGCCGAACAGAAGCAAAUUCAUCAGCCCUACAAGCCAUCAUCUACAACCGCAUAGGAGACAUUGGACUAAUCCUCAGCAUAUCCUGAUUAUCAAUAAACCUAAACACAUGAGAACUUCAACAAAUCUUCACCCACACCAAUUCCACUCCACUACUUCCACUCCUAGGAUUAAUCCUAGCUGCAACAGGAAAAUCAGCCCAAUUCGGCCUCCACCCAUGACUACCAGCAGCUAUAGAAGGCCCCACCCCAGUCUCAGCAUUACUACACUCAAGCACUAUAGUAGUCGCCGGCAUCUUUCUACUAAUCCGAAUACACCCCAUCCUAACUACAAAUAACACAGCCCUCUCAACCUGCCUCUGCCUAGGAGCCAUCACCACACUAUUCACAGCCUUUUGUGCCCUCACCCAAAAUGAUAUCAAAAAAAUUAUUGCCUUCUCCACAUCAAGCCAACUGGGCCUCAUAAUAGUUACCAUCGGCCUAAAUCAACCACAACUAGCCUUCCUACACAUUUCCAUACACGCAUUCUUCAAAGCCAUACUAUUCCUAUGCUCAGGCUCAAUCAUCCACAACCUAAACAACGAACAAGACAUUCGAAAGAUAGGAGGACUACACAAAUCCAUACCAAUUACCUCUUCAUGCCUAACCAUCGGCAGCAUAGCACUCACAGGAAUACCAUUCAUAACUGGAUUCUACUCCAAAGACAUCAUCAUCGAAACCAUAAACACAUCAUAUCUAAACGCCUGAGCCCUACUCCUGACAUUAAUCGCAACCUCAUUUACCGCAAUCUACAGUCUCCGAAUCCUAAUCUUUGUACAAACAGGACACCCACGAUACCCUUCCACACUCCUAUUAAACGAAAACAACCCAACAAUUAUCAACCCAAUCACCCGCCUCGCAAUAGGAAGCAUUAUCGCAGGAUUACUUAUCUCACUAAACACCACACCACUAAAAACCCCUCCAACAACUAUACCAACAUACAUUAAAAUCGCAGCACUAACAGUAACAAUACUAGGCCUUUUAAUAGCCCUAGAACUAACUAUAAUAAUAAACAAAACAACCCAAAAACCCUCUAACACCCACAAUUUCUCAAACUCACUAGCAUACUUUAAUACCCUAACACACCGCUCAUUACCAAUAACAAACCUAAAAUUUAGCCAAAACAUCUCAACUCACCUAAUCGACCUAUCCUGAUAUGAAAAUAUUGGUCCAAAAGGAUUAAGCAAACUACAAAUUACUCCAAUUACAAUCACAUCCUCAUCACAAAAAGGCCUAAUUAAAAUCUACAUAACCUCAUUUAUUAUAUCAAUAACAUUAUUACUUCUCACCAUCUAA